AUGAUGCGUCCGCUGAUCGUGCUCAGUUUCGCUAGCCUACUCCAGCUAGCGUAUCUCGCACCUGAACGCGACUAUCACCCACUUUUGGAUGCACCUCCUCAUCUGCCCGGAGUUCGCCUCAGGGUAUUUCCGUCGGGUAUAUCCUACUUGAGUCAGGUAGCAUCGAACAUACUUGCUGAUCAGCUACCGCGCAUCGUUAUUCCUGAUGUUGAACAUCGCUUACCAGGUGAUCAGGGUGCCAUUUACAUAUCGAGGAUAAAAAUUUCGAGGUUCCGUCGCGCAGAAAGCAACGAUGUUUCGACUUCCGCUCCAAAUCGGAUUUCUUGGACAAUGAAGAACCUCGAUCUUGGAUUCAUCGGCGACUUGAGUGGGGCUGUAAAUAUCGUGGUCCCGCUCAAUCUUACUGGUCAGGCUGAAGUGCAGGCGGAAGGACUGUCCGUGCAUCUCGACAGUUCGGCUAGUUGUCAUUCACGCUUAUCCAAAGAAAUCAAAGAUAUUGAACGCGGAGUAAACGGUUCCGCGCAUGUCAGCACAAUCUCCUGUCACUCUACGAUACGAGCCGUUGAUGUCAUCAACCACAAUGGAGGUCUUUUCGGUCUGGCAGUCACAGUUUUCAAACAAGGGGUCUCGGAUAAUGUUCGGUUGCUGUUGCAAGGGUUGAUUUGCAAAAAAGUGCGAAAAUAUCUUGAUGAGGACCUCAACCAAAAGCUCGCUGAGGUGCAAACCAGAAGUCCAUUGACCGAAGCGAUUGAAGCAAAUGCUAUACGCUCUACCAGACUAACAAGCAGCUCAGGUGGAAUCACCUUGGGCAGUAUAAUGGGAAAGAGCUUCUCCAAAGACUUUUACAUCGACUUCAGACUGCGAGAAGAUCCACACUGCAGUAUGAAUACGGUUGAUCUCGCCUGUGCAGGAGAGAUUUCCUACAAAGGCGAGGGUGGAACACCUUUUGGACCACCACCUAUUCAGUGGCUCCAUCCACAGACGGAUUCACACAUGAUCAUGCUCCAGAUCUCCGACUAUUUACCAAACUCGCUGUUCUACCACGCUCAUAAACAACGACUGAUUCGCCUGCAUCUUACACCAGCCACAGAAGGAGUGUCACAGUUUCUGCGGACAUCCUGUGAGGGAUCUUUUUGCCUAGCAGAUCUCGUGCCGCAGUUGGCUGAGACAUAUCCGAACCACACUUUGGAGCUCUCAUUGGCAGCAACAAGAGCGCCUGCUAUUUUGUUUUCGGAGAAGAAAGGAGGCGUCAUCUCUGUCAACCUCGGCGGAGUAAUUGUUGUUUUUGUCUCGGACGGAUUUCGACGUAAACAAGCGGCAGUUCUCGACAUGGACGUCGUUGCCGAUGCUAAAUUGAAUCUGCAAAACCACAACGUCAGCGGAAGUGUGGAGCUGACUAAGUUCGAACUAACGAGCCGUACAGCUGCGGUGAAAAUUUCUCAAGAAGAGUUGUCGGAUAUAGCAAUAUUGGUCUCGCAAAUGGUGGAAAACAUGAUCAAUGAGAUGCUAGCAAAUGGGUUUCCUCUGCCUUUACCUCAUGUAUUGGGCCUGAAAAACGUCUCUGUCGACAUUCUUACCAGAAGAAUAUUGAUAAGAACGGACGUAGAGAUGGACGAAAAACGAUUAUCCCGUUUGGCUGCCAAAACGCUCUUCAACGGUCCACAGUUUUCGGUGCAAGAUGAAAAUGCUUUCAAAGGCUUCGAAAGGAUCACGCCAGUAACAAGACCACCUAGCCAUGAGCUGGUGCCAGUGUCUGCGAGACCAGCAGAACACGUACCCAUCAGACCCGAACCCGUGCUGAGGCCCGUGUUCUACAGAAAUCGGCGUUACAUCGCUCCACCGUACGUCCGUCCCCUUCGACGUAGAGCAUAUAGCAACAACUGA